AUGUCGGACCUCAACUCGUGGGAGGAUGACCCUGCGGCCCAGGAGGAUCUGUCCCGUCAAACACAACAAAUGAACCUGAACAAUACCCCUCAACAGCCACAGCAAGGUGGAGGAGCACCCAGUUUCCGCCCCGGCGCAAACUCAUUCCAGCCUGGAGCGCAGUCUUUUCAACCAGGUCAGAAUUUCCAGCAAUAUGGAGGAUACGAUCAAUCGGGAUAUCAGAACCAAAACUUCUACCAAGGUGGUCAGGGCGGCGCACAGGGCUACGGAGGAUACCCUCAGUAUGGGCAACAAGGUGGCUACAACAAUCAGUAUGCUCAAGGAGGGUACAAUGCUGGAGGCUAUCAACAACCAGCCUACAAUGCUGCAUAUACACAACAAUAUCCGGGCUAUUCUCAACAACCCCAAGCUGCCUCCUCAACCGCACAACAACCCGUCCGACAAACACCGACGAUCGCAAAGCGACCAGCAGAUGGGGCAUCAAGCUCCUCGGAUUUGAAUAAGCCAGUGACUACCAAGGCAGGCGCUCCAAAGGUUCUGAGCAUUGGUGGAGAUGCGCCAAAGCCCAAGGCCAAAGUUCUCUCGAUUGGGACCCCUGCAGCAGCCCCAGCAAAGAAGGAAGCACCAGCAGCCACUCCAGCAGAAGCAGGCGCCAAGGUUACAGCAGCCAAAGCGAUCGAGAAGACAGAGAAGUCUGGAGCGUCUGAGAGCGGCAAGACAUCGCCAACGCCUUCGUCUGGACGCUCGAGUCCUACACGAGCAGCAGCCAAGGCAGUUGUUCGCGAAGCAGAUGCUGUGGAGAAGGAGCAGGCUGCAGAUGUGGACGACGAAACCCUGAAUGAGAUUUAUGGCAAGGAGCACGUCAAUAUCAUCUUCAUUGGACACGUCGAUGCUGGAAAAUCAACACUUGGUGGAGCAAUUCUCAUCCAGAGUGGAAUGGUGGAUGAACGGACCAUCGAGAAAUACAAGAAGGAGGCUAAGGAUAUGGGCCGUGAGACAUGGUGGAUAUCUUGGGCACUGGAUCUUACCAAGGAAGAAAGAUCCAAGGGAAAGACUGUCGAAGUCGGCCGUGCAUUCUUUGAAACCGAGAAGCGACGCUACAGUAUUCUGGAUGCCCCUGGUCACAAGACAUAUGUGCCCAGUAUGAUUGGAGGUGCUUCACAGGCUGAUGUUGGAAUUUUGGUCAUUAGUGCCCGGAAAGGAGAGUACGAAACCGGAUUCGAGAAGGGUGGCCAGACUCGAGAGCACGCAAUGUUGGCGAAGACCCAAGGUGUCAACAAGUUGGUGGUCGUCAUUAAUAAGAUGGACGACGCUACUGUCGAGUGGUCUGAGAAGCGAUACCUCGAGUGCACAACGAAACUUGGGGCAUUCUUGAAGGGAACUGGAUUUAACCUCAAGACCGAUGUCUUCUUCAUGCCAAUUGCAGCUCAAUCAUUCAUUGGUCUCAAGGACCGCAUCCCCGACGGAAUCUGCCCAUGGUACAGUGGCCCAUCGCUGCUCGAAUACCUUGACAACAUGACAUCUUUGGAACGCAAAGUCAAAGCACCUUUCAUGAUGCCUGUGAACGGUAAAUACAGAGAUAUGGGCACUCUUGUUGAGGGAAAGAUUGAGGCUGGUGUUAUCAAGAAGAACAUGUCAUUGAUGAUGAUGCCCAAUCGCGAAAAAGUCGAAGUUGCAGCUUUGUAUGGGGAGACUGAAGAGGAAAUGAAUAUCGCUCAGAGCGGAGACCAAAUUCGGGUACGACUCCGGGGUAUCGAAGAAGAAGACAUCAUGCCCGGGUUCGUUCUGUGCUCGCCAAAGCGUCCAGUCCACUGUGUAAAGGCUUUCGAAGCCCAGAUUCGCGUUCUCGAUCUGAAGAGUAUCUUGAGUGCCGGUUUCAACUGCGUCCUUCACGUCCACUCGGCAAUCGAAGAAGUCACGUUUGCUGCGUUGCUUCACUCGUUGCAGAAAGGUACAAAUCGCCGAAGCAAGAAGCCUCCGACACACGCAAAGAAGGGUGACAGCAUCAUUGCCAGACUAGAGGUCAUUGGUGGAGCCGGUUCUGUAUGCGUGGAGCGUUUCGAAGAUUAUGCCCAACUGGGACGAUUCACUCUUCGUGAUCAGGGCCAAACUAUUGCCAUUGGCAAGAUCACUCGAUUGAUCACGGAAGACGAGACUGCGGCAGCUUAA